AUUUCGGAUUUUCGGAUUGGAUUCGGAUUUGUAUAGUUUGAACCCGAUCCGAUCCGAAAUCCGAAUUUAUUAAGGGAAGUAUAAAUACUAAUUUUAUUUUUAGGGUUAGGUCUUAUUUCAUUCUCGUUCUUUUCUCACAAGUCACAGCCUUAUCUGAGACUCAGAAUCCACCCACACCCAGAGAUUGCUGCUCACUUCACGCCUCAAGCUGCUCCUGCUCGUUGCUUCCUCUAUCUCUUCUCUGUGUUCCGACGACCGGCGACCGCACUGAUGGAAGAUGAGGUAGAGAUGGUGAAUAAAGUUCAAGCUCUUGUAAAAUGUGGUGAAAGUGGUGCUUCAAAUGAUUCCACAACUAACGUCGAAUCUGAAUCUGGUUCGAAGAAAAGAAAAACCAUGAAAGAAAGAUCAAUGGCUUGGCGACACUUCAGUAAGUUCACUGAUAACGAGGGUGUUAAAAAAGCGAAAUGCAAGUACUGUCCAGAAGAAUAUGUAGCUAACACCAAAAACAGUAGUACAAGCAAUUUGCUAUCACAUUUUCUCAAGUGUCCAAACAAUCCCCACAAGCCGGAGACAAGCCAGACAAAAUUAGCUUUUCAACCGAAAGGUCCAACAGGUGAUGUCUCACUUAUCCCUUGGAAAAUUGAUCAAGAGGCAUGUAGGAGGGCUUUAGCUCGUAUGAUAAUUAUAGAUGAACAACCCUUCAUUUCUGUUGAAAAGGAUGGAUUUAGAGACUUUGUGAGAGCUCUUCAACCUUUAUUUCAUAUUCCAUCUCGUACUACUAUGACUAAAGAUUGUCUUGAGAUUUACCAUGAUGAAAGACUUGCUUUGAAGUCAAUUUUUAAAGAAUCAAAAUAGAGAAUUUGUAUUACGACUGAUACAUGGACAUCAAUUCAAAGAAUUAACUAUAUGUGUGUUACAGCACAUUACAUUGACAAGAAUUGGAAUUUGCACAAAAAGAUAUUAAAUUUUUGUCCAAUUACUAGUCAUAAAGGUCAAGAUUUAGCUAGUGGUGUUGCUAAGUGUUUACUUGAAUGGGGAGUGGAUAAAGUAUUUACUGUGACAGUCGAUAAUGCAAGUUCUAACGAUGUCAUGGUUAAAGAAUUAUCCAAACAAUUUAUUAGAUGGAACACUAACUUGAUGGAAGGUAAGCAUGUUCAUGUUAGAUGUAUGGCUCACAUCAUCAAUCUAGUUGUUCAAGAUGGGUUGAGAGAAGGGAGUGUGUCUGUGGAACGAAUAAGGCAAGCUGUUAGAUACAUUAGAUAAUCUCCAGCAAGAUGGAAGAAGUUUAAAGAAUGUUGUGAUCUCGAUAGGAUAACUUCUAAAAAAUCAUUGUGCUUGGAUGUUCCUACUAGGUGGAACUCCACAUAUUUGAUGUUGAAGGUUGCUACAGUUUAUGAGGAAGCCUUUACAAAAUAUUGUGAUAUUGAUUAUGGUUUGAUGUCAUGUAUUUCUAACUGUAUUUGUGAGGAUGGACAGCCUGCAGGUCCACUUUUAAGUUCUGAUUGGGAUAGUGUAAGACGUACUGUGAAGUUUUUUGAAAUAUUUUAUGAACUCACCUUGAAGGUAUCAGGUACACUUUAUAUUACGUCUAAUGUGCACUUUCUUGAGAUAUGUGUUGUUGGUUCUUCUUUGAAAGAGUUGAUGCAAAGUGAAGAUGCUACCUUGAAAGAAAUGGCAAAUAAUAUGAAAGAGAAGUUUGAUAAGUAUU